CGCCCGCUCCCCGCGCCGCCGCGCUCCUCGCCCCGCGCCUGCCCCCAGGAUGGUCCGUCCCAGGCACCAGCCCGGCGGACUCUGCCUCCUGCUGCUGCUGCUCUGCCAGUUCAUGGAGGACCGCAGUGCCCAGGCUGGGAACUGCUGGCUCCGCCAAGCAAAGAACGGCCGCUGCCAGGUCCUGUACAAGACAGAACUGACCAAGGAGGAGUGCUGCAGCACUGGCCGCCUGAGCACCUCAUGGACCGAAGAGGACGUAAAUGACAACACGCUCUUCAAGUGGAUGAUUUUCAAUGGGGGCGCCCCCAACUGCAUCCCCUGUAAAGAAACGUGCGAGAACGUGGACUGUGGGCCCGGGAAAAAAUGCCGAAUGAACAAGAAGAACAAACCCCGCUGCGUCUGCGCCCCAGAUUGUUCUAACAUCACCUGGAAAGGCCCAGUCUGUGGGCUGGACGGAAAAACCUACCGCAACGAAUGUGCACUCCUCAAGGCCAGAUGUAAAGAGCAGCCGGAACUGGAAGUCCAGUACCAGGGCAAAUGUAAAAAGACCUGUCGGGAUGUUUUCUGUCCAGGCAGCUCCACAUGCGUGGUGGACCAGACUAAUAAUGCCUACUGUGUGACAUGUAACCGCAUUUGCCCAGAGCCCACCUCCUCUGAACAGUAUCUCUGUGGGAAUGAUGGAGUAACCUACUCCAGCGCCUGUCACCUGAGAAAGGCUACCUGCCUACUGGGCAGGUCUAUUGGAUUGGCCUAUGAGGGAAAGUGUAUCAAAGCAAAGUCCUGUGAGGAUAUCCAGUGCACUGGUGGAAAAAAGUGUUUAUGGGAUUUCAAGGUUGGCAGAGGCCGGUGUUCCCUCUGCGAUGAGCUGUGCCCUGAGAGUAAGUCUGAGGAGCCUGUCUGUGCCAGUGACAAUGCCACCUACGCCAGCGAGUGUGCCAUGAAGGAAGCGGCCUGCUCUUCAGGCGUGCUGCUGGAAGUGAAGCACUCCGGAUCUUGCAACUCCAUUUCGGAAGACACCGAGGAAGAGGAGGAAGAUGAAGACCAGGACUACAGCUUUCCUAUAUCUUCCAUUCUAGAGUGGUAAACCCUCCACCAAUGUUCAGUGUUGACACAGCCUUUGGGCAAAAAAAAAAAAAGAAAGAAAAAGAAAAAGAAAAAAUAUAUUGUCCAUACUGUAAAUAAGUGUAUGCUUAUUUAUUUGGGGGGAAAACUAUACAUAAAGGACCUUUGUCCUAAAGCUCUCUCCCAGGCCACCUUGUUACUCAUUGGACCCGGAGAGGCAGUCAUUGUGAGGUCUACUGGAUGAGGCCCAUAGUUGAGACUUGUAGACAUUUAUUUAUACUGUGUCAUGUUUUAUAAUUUAUACAUAAAAUGUCUGGUUGACUGUACACCUUGUUUUUGAAGAAAUUUAUUCGUGAAAGGAAGAGCAGUUGUUAUUUAUUGUGAGGUCUCUUGCUUGUAAAGUAAAAGCUUUUUUUUUUCCUUGUAAACCAUUUAAGUCCAUUCCUUACUAUUCACUCACUCAUCUGUCUCCCUUCAUUUCACUGUUGUUAGACUCUUUUCCAUUAUAACAAACUUGCAUGUCAGUUUCUGUCAUGUUUAUUUAUUGGAUUCUCUGCUGCCUGUUCUGUACAUACGUGAUCCCUCGGGUUUUGUUUACAAGGAAUCUUGACUGACCAAAAGGCAUUAUAACUCUGACUCAGAUAGAAGGUACAGAGGAUACAUCUUUGAGGAAAUUCCUACUUCCGUUCUCUUGUUGUGAUGAAGACAUUUGUGAGAGGGGCUGAUAGCAAUGUUGGGUUUCUAAUAAUGUACUUUUAAGAUGUUACAGAUCCAAAGAAAUUGAGUGAUAUGGGUGUCAGGAGCCUGAAGGAAGGGGAAUGCUACACAUUCAACCUUUUGUUAGGUGUUUCCUUUAAGCUAGUCUGCUGUACCUUUUAAAUUAGUCCUUUUCACCCAAUGUGUCAUGAAAAGUUAUAUCAAAGCUUUAUCAGUUCAAGUUUCUUGCUUUUCAUAAUACUUUUUUCUGAUGCAAUUUUAUA